GUGUUUAACUUGAGAUCUCGUUUUCCUGUGAGUUUUCCCUUUCGCAAGAGAAAAGACUGUCGUCGGGCUCCGUUGUGAUCUAUGAAUGCCGAUACUCUGGAAGAUUUUCUCAACUGGAAAGAAAAGGGGGAGGGAACUCCAACCGGCGAGAAAAGAGGGGGAACUGUAGGAAUCUGCUCCUUUCCCUCUCCCUCUCUCUCUAUGUCUCUCCCUGUGGAUUAGGGCAGCAUAUCCGCUUGCGCCUUCAACUGUUUGCGUUCCAUCUCUGUUCAAAGGGUUUCUGCCACAACCAAUUCCACCUGACGGCUGACGGCCGAUUGGUUUGAUCAGAGGGGUUAAGAAGAGGAAGCAAAAGGAAAGAGGAGGAGAAGAUGAUGAUGCAAAACCCUACCCAGAUGAUGGCACCAUCGCCUGCCAGGCUUGGCCUCUCCAAUCCCCAUUCCCCAUCUAUCCUCUCUCCCCCAUCAUCCACUAGCACCAACCCAACGCCACAACCGCCAGUACCACCACCAUCAGCGGCAGCAACAAGGUCAGCCUCCACCGCCCAACAGAAGCAGACCACCACCCUGCUGUCCCUUUUGCCUCCUCACACCAGGGCGCUCACCCUCCUCAAUCAGAUGGCCGCCCUCACUACUAAGCUCUUCCACGUCUCAGCACAGAAAUCGACUUGGCAAGCGUCCUACAGAGGAACUCCCCCGACGUUCCUCGCCUCUCAAUUCCUCUCCCCGGAGGCCGCCUCUGCUUCCACCACCAAGCAGGUCAUGGCCCUUCUCACCUCCCUCCAGACUCAGCUCUUCGAAUCGAUUUCUGAGCUUCAGGAAAUCCUUGGCCUCGAGGAAUCGAAGCGACGGAUCGCGCAGGAGAUCCAAAUUGCAGAUUCUGCCAUUCUGGCCUUCACCAAGAAGGUGAAAUCGGCCGAGCAGGUGCUGGAGUUGAUGUCUGAGGAUUACGAAGACCUCCGCAAACCUGCGAAGAGGUUUAAGGCAGCUUCGGAUAGCGACAAAUUCGUGUUUCCUUCCGUCAAGCUUUCCGACAUACUCUCCUACGCUCAUCGGAUCAGCUACACGACGUUUGCACCGCCGGAAUUUGGUGCCGGACAAGCGCCUCUCCGUGGGGCGCUCCCUCCGGCUCCCCAGGAGGAGCAGUUGCGGGCUUCGCAGCUCUACCAGUUUGCUAAUCUUGAUGUUGGCUUACCACCCGAAUCCGAGGCAGCGGAGAAGAAGGUGGAAGCUCUCAUUGAGGCGCCGCCGCCCCCACCUCCUGCACCGCCUGCAUUGUCCAACAUGUUGAUUCCCCCAAUUCCUUCGGGUUGGCAACCGGGGAUGCCCAUCGAAUUGCCGAGCGACAUCCCGAUUGUUCCUCCUGGAUGGAAGCCCGGGGAUCCUGUUCCGCUGCCACCGGUGGUGGAGGUUCCGCUUGGCUGGAAGCCAGGAGACGCAGUUGUGCUCCCGAAAGAGGAAGUGCCACAGAUGCCUCCGAAGCCUAUCGGUGUUCCGGGUGCGCAGGAGCCUAUACAAGUCAGAUUUGUGCAGCUUGAUAUUAAUCCUGACCAGGACGAGUAUAGCAGCGAGUACAGUAGCGAUGAGGGCAGCUCUGAGGACGAAGAGUGAGAUGAGGUUGGAUGCUUUUCUUUUUUGGGUUUGAUGAAGGAAUCAACCUUUGAAAUUAAGCUUCUUGAUCAGAAAAAAGAAGGUCGAAUUGAAAUUGAGUGCAAUUAGUUCGUUAAGCUCAUGUGUGAUCAACGGAUUCUUCAUAUAAUUUGAUGAAGCUUUCGUGGGAAUACCGUAAAUUGUAACUUCUGGGCUCCUGAUGAUGACCAUGGAUCGUCUGGUCGUCAGAAACACCAUAGCAGACUCUUUUUCCCUACAUGCUGACAUUUUGUCGAACUGUGGGAUAUCUUUUAGCAUACCUAGCCGUCGAAGCUGUGGUUAUAUUCAUUUAAUGUUAACAAAGCUUAUUUGCA